AUGAGCAUCAAGGCCCCACCCACCCUCCUGCAGCUGGCAGGGCAGAGCCUGCUGAGGAACGAGGCCCUGGCCAUCUCUGCUCUACAGACACUGCCCAUGGAGCUCUUCCCUCCUCUGUUCAUGGAGGCCUUUGCCCAGAGACGCACUGAGAUCAUGAAAGCCAUGGUGCAGGCCUGGCCCUUCCCUUUCUUCCCCCUGGGACCCCUGAUGAAGACUCAAGACCUGGAGACCUUACAGAUCACCCUGGGUGGGAUUGACAUGCUGCUCCGCCACCAGGUUCGUCCCAGGAGAUGGAAACUGCAGGUGCUGGACCUGCGGACUGUGCACCAGAACUUUUGGAAGGUGUGGGCUGGAAACAUGGCUGGGUACUGCACCCCACAGGCCAAGAGCAUCAAUCACGCAGUGGAGGUCCAACCAAGGACAGGGGUGAAGCAGCCCUUGCGGCUGAUAAUUGACCUUAACCUGGAUCUUGAUGACCUACAUGAACUCCAGAUACACCUGUUUGAGUGGGUCCUGCAGAGGAAAAGUUCAGUACAGCUCUGCUGUAGGAAGAUGCAGAUUUGGGGACUGUGCACUUGUGGCUCCAGGCCAUGGCCCAUCCACAGGGUCCUGAGCCUAUUGGAGCUGAACUGGAUAGAGGAGGUGGUCCUACAUUGUCCCUGGUCCCUGUGCAUCCUGGGUGUGUUUGCUUCUUACCUGGGCCAGAUGAGAAACCUGCGCACACUCUGCAUCUCUCGUACCUGUGUGUUGUUACGCAUGUCUCCAGAACAGAAUGAGCAGCUUGUCACCACCUUCUCUUUUGAGUUUGGCAAACUCAGCUGUCUCCAACAGCUCUAUAUGAAUGGGGCCUAUUUCCUUCGUGGCCAUCUGCACCAGGUGCUCAGGUGCCUGAAGACCCCCUUGGAGUCCCUGUCAAUAACUCAAUGCCAGCUUGAAGAAUCAGACUUGGACUAUCUAUCUCAGUGCCUGAGCAUCAACCAGCUCAAAUAUCUGAGUCUGAGAGGAGUCACGCUGAGCUAUGUAGAUCCAAAGCCCUUCCAAAUUCUGCUAGAGAGAGUCUCAGACACUCUGAAGAUCCUGAACUUGGAGGACUGUGGGAUCAGGGACUCCCAGCUCACUGCCCUCCUGCCUGCCCUGAGCUGUUGCUCCCAGCUCACUACAUUCAACUUCUUUGGGAACCACAUCUCCAUGUCUGUUCUGAAAGACCUGCUGUGCCAUACUGCCAAGCUGAGCCGGUUGAGCCAGGAGCUGUACCCAGUUCCUCUGGAGAGCUAUGAUGGGCUGGGUUCUGUGAUCACAGAAAGACUUACUCAACAUUGUGCUGAGCUCUUGGAUACACUGAGGACCAUAAGGAAGCCCAAGAUGGUGCUGUUUGGUACUGAGGAGUGCCCUCAAUGUGGCAGCCGAUGUUUCUAUGACAUGGAGCACCAUCUAAGCUACUGUUGGAUGUAUACCUAG